UCGAACUCUUUCUCACUAAAGGCCGCAGGCCAGUGCGACCCAAGCGUUUGGAUUGAUGAAUGGCGCAGCUCAGGCGCUCUCGAAAACCAAGCACCUUCUCACCACGACCACCGCCCAGUGCAAGUCACUGUUGGGAAAGUGCGCAGCCACACGGUCUCUUACGAAGACCAAACAACUCCAUGCCCGCAUCAUCACCUCGGGCUUACUCUCCUCCUCAAACUCCAGCGACCUUCGCUCAAACCUUGCCGCAACGUAUGCUUCAUGUGGGUCCGUUCCGCAUGCGUGCAAACUGUUCGAUGAAGUGACUGACCGAAGCUUAUUUCUGUAUAACAUUUUGAUAAGAAUGUACGUACAAAAUGGUAUCCCCUAUGCCGCACUAAACGUGUUUGUUGAAAUGCUCGCUUCGGGGCACUGCCAGCCUGAUUGCUUUACGUACCCAUUUGUUGUUAAGGCUUGCGGUGACUUGUCAUUGCUCAAUGUGGGUGUUGUAGUUCACGGGCGAACACUGAUGUCUGGGUUUGACUUGAACACGUAUGUGCAGAAUUCUUUGUUGGCAAUGUAUAUGAAUUGUGGGGAGAAGGAGGCAGCGAGACGGGUUUUCGAUACAAUGUGGGGGCGAACUGUUGUGUCUUGGAAUACUAUGAUUAAUGGCUAUUUUCGAAAUGGGUGUGCAAAGGACGCUAUGAUGUUUUUUAAUUGGAUGAUGGAUGUGGGCGUGGAGCCUGAUUGUGCCACCAUGGUUUCAGUGUUGCCAGCUUGUGGUUACUUUAAGGAUUUGGUAUUGGGAAGAAGGGUUCAUGCAUUAAUGGAAGAGAAGGGUUUGGGGAAGAAGAUGAUAGUGAGGAAUGCGUUGAUAGAUAUGUAUGCAAAGUGUGGUAGUAUGUAUGAAGCAAGGUUAGUUGUUGAUAAGAUGGGUGAGAGGGAUGUGGUUACGUGGACAACCAUGAUCAAUGGGUACAUUUUGAAUGGUGAUGCAAUAAGCGCUCUGGCGCUCUGUUGGCCGAUGCAGUCUGAUGGGGUAAGGCCCAAUUCAGUGAGUAUAGCUUCCCUUCUCGCAGCCUGUGGGAGUUUGUACUCUUUUGAGAAUGGUAGGUGUUUGCACGGUUGGGCGAUAAGGCAAAAAAUUGAGUCUGAUGUUAUUGUGGAGACUGCAUUGAUCGACAUGUAUGCAAAAUGCAAAAAAGUUAACCUCAGUUUUCUAGUGUUUGAUAACACUACAAAAAAACGAGAAGUCCCUUGGAAUGCAGUUCUCUCUGGAUGUGUUUGGAAUGGGCUUGCAAGAAAAGCAAUAGAAUUGUUUAAACAAAUGCUAAUUGAAGCAGUACAACCCAGUGAUGCAACCUUGAAUAGUCUUCUUCCUGCAUAUGCUAUUCUUGCAGAUUUACAGCAAGCAACAAAUAUACACUGUUAUUUGGCAAGAUCUGGGUUCCUUUCAAGCAUCGAAGUUGCUACUGGUUUGAUCGACAUAUACUCAAAAUGUGGAAGCUUAGAAUCUGCUCACAAAAUUUUUAGUGAAGUUCGUGAAAAAGGAAAGGACAUUAUCAUAUGGAGCGUAAUAAUAGCUUGUUAUGGCGUUCAUGGUUAUGGUGAGAUUGCCGUUUCACUUUUCUAUCAGAUGGUUCAAUCUGGGGUGAAACCAAAUGAAGUCACUUUCACUUCUGUUUUGCAUGCAUGCAGCCAUGCAGGUUUGGUGGAUAAGGGUCUGAAUUUGUUCAAGUUCAUGCUUGAAAAUCACCAAUUGAAUCCUAGUCCUGAUCACUACACUUGUGUUGUUGAUCUUCUUGGUCGUGCUGGUCGACUGCCCGAAGCUUACGAUCUAAUUAGGACAAUGCCAUUCAAGCCUAACCAUGCUGUUUGGGGUGCACUGCUUGGUUCUUGUGUGAUACAUGAGAAUGUUGAAUUAGGAGAAGUUGCUGCAAAGUGGCUUUUUGAGCUUGAGCCGGAAAACACAGGAAAUUAUGUAUUGAUGGCGAAACUUUAUGCUGCAGUAGGAAGGUGGAAGGAUGCCGAGAAUGUGAGACAUAUGAUCAAUGAGAUAGGAUUAAGAAAAACACCUGCUCACAGUUUGGUCGAGGUCAGAAGUGUGUUAACUGGGUAAAGAUUUUCCACUUCAAGUUGAUAAUAUUUCUGUUUUGACAUGCCCAAUUGAAGAGGGUUUGAUUAAUGUGAAUUGGAGUGGAAUUUGUGAUGGGCGUGCGGGUGGAGUUUGUAAUAUUAUUGGCUGAAGAGGCAACUUCUUGGUCAAACAGAAGGUGCAGCUGUCAUCAUUAUGAAUGGACUGACUUUCCAUUCCUUUCAUAAAUAUUCUACCUGUCCGUGGACAAAUGGGAAUUUCUUAAGUUGAAGCAUGGCCAUUGAUCUGGAUUGUAUGGAUACUAGGUAUACAUUUGUAUCUUUCAUGUUAGCCAUUGAAGAACCUGCUAGAGGAGCAGGUACAUGUGUUAUACAUAAUCUUUUAGUGGGAUUUAACUGUCCAUUAGCCUUAGAAUGAUGAGAGUGUUGGGGAUGAUGAGCUAGCUGUAUCUGUGGACAGAGAACUCGAUCUCUUCAUUAGAUCACAGGAUCUCUCUCUUUGUAAUGGGGUUUGAUACACGUUAACUUAGGGCAUACUCUCACUUAUGAUCAAACACCAUGGUACUGACCCACGUACUUGAUUUGAGAGCUCAACAUAAUCAUUUGAUUUGAUAGGUUUUGGUUUUCUUUUUGUACUUUUUAAAUAAAUUUAUUUCUUAUGGUUAACAAAAAAAAAAGAUGCA